AUGACCACGCGCAGUCCCUUUUCGCGCGAAGCCUUCUCGACUGCGGACGAAUUUAUCCCCCAUGGCUUUCUGCUACAUUUCCUGACGGAUGCGAAUAUCAAGAGCACUGUUCUGAACCUCGAUCCCACGGUGGCUCAUCCGGCAUUCAUAGUCAAGAUCGAGCGUUCGCACCGCGGGCAAAUGCAGUCGCGUACCGUGAAGCUCUGGCUGGCGCCCAUGUCCUCCAGUUGUCCUAACGGGCGGCAUCCCGGAUGGCAGCAGAUGUGUACACAUCCCAUCAUGUUCAACCUGCCAGCCCAGUGGAGGUCGGUUGAUGAGCGAUGGUCACGACGCCCACAUAUCUGGGUGGGCCCACCGUUCGAGGUCAGCGUGACGUUGGGCGACAAUACCGUGGCUUUCAAGAUGAACUCUCCUGUGAACAUGCGUGUCGCCUUCGGAAAGAUGCUCAGGGACCAGAAUUUUCAUGCCUACUCGAUGAUGGCUGAAUGGUUCAACUUCUGCCGUCACGCUUAUAACGACGUCAAUAUGCGUCGCUACCAACAAAUGAAAGAUGAGGCAAGCGAUUCCAUCAAGCUUCUCAUGAUCCUUUCCAAGGACAGCUUCUAUCCUCCUUGA